UGGGCUUACGCUGCUGACUCUAUUGUCUCCGCUCCGCCCAGUCCCGGGAGAGGGAAGCGCAGUGGAGGUUCUGUGGAGACAAAGCUGGAACCCCUGAAGGGACAGGGAGCAGCCGAGGUUGGGGGGCGUGGAGCGCCUGAGUGCAGGGCUGCAGCCCAUAAUUGGGGAGCAGUCGAGAGGGGGAGGUUCACCAUAGGCAAGGUCCGCACCCGCCGGGAUCGGGGCUGGUCCCGAGGAGGGCUUGGGGCGGCCGUGCGAUGUUUGGGGCCCGGUGCCUGGUCCGAGCCCUGCGCUCCUGUUCCUCCACUCCCUGCCCGAGACACAAACCUUCAUCCAGACUGAACGUGCGGGAUGCCCUUGGGGCCCAGAACACGAUUGGGGAGCGCGUUAAGGUUCAGGGAUGGAUUCGUUCAGUCCGAUCCCAGAAGGAAGUAUUGUUCCUGCAUAUUAAUGAUGGAUCAUCUUUGGAAAGCCUUCAGGUUGUAGCAGAUUCAAGCUUUGAUAGUAGAGAACUGGCUUUUGGGAGUUCUGUGGAAGUUCAAGGGCAGCUGGUAAAAAGUCCAUCCAAAAAGCAAAAUGUGGAACUGAAGGCAGAAAAAAUUGAAGUUGUUGGAAAUUGCGAUGCCAAGGCUUUCCCUUUGAAAUAUAAAGAGAGGCAUCCUUUGGAGUAUCUGAGACAAUACCCUCACCUUAGAUGUAGAACUAAUGCUCUGGCUUCUAUACUGAGGGUUCGCAGUGAAGCCACGGCUGCUAUUCAUUCUUUCUUUAAGGACAGUGGCUUUGUGCAUAUUCAUACUCCAAUAAUCACAUCCAAUGACUGUGAGGGGGCUGGAGAACUGUUCCAAGUUGAACCUUCAAGCAAAAUUAAGGUGCCUGAGGAGAAUUUCUUCAAUGUUCCUGCUUUCUUAACUGUUUCGGGACAACUUCACCUAGAAGUGAUGUCAGGAGCUUUUACUCAAGUGUUUACCUUUGGUCCAACAUUCCGAGCAGAGAAUUCUCAGAGCCGGAGACACCUGGCAGAGUUUUAUAUGGUAGAAGCAGAGAUUUCUUUUGUUGAGAGUCUUCAAGAUCUCAUGCAGGUUAUGGAGGGACUCUUCAAGACUACAACAAUGAUGGUUCUCUCAAACUGUCCUGAAGAUGUUGAACUCUGUCACAAGUUCAUAGCUCCUGGCCAAAAGGACAGAUUAGAACAUAUGCUAAAAAACAACUUUUUAAUCAUUUCUUACACUGAAGCAAUAGAGAUCUUAAAGCAGGCAUCUCAGAACUUCACCUUCACCCCAGAGUGGGGUGUCGAUCUACACACCGAACAUGAGAAGUACCUGGUGAAGCACUGUGGCAGCAUACCAGUCUUUGUCAUUAAUUAUCCAUUAGCACUCAAGCCUUUCUACAUGAGGGAUAAUGAAGAUGGGCCUCAGCACACAGUUGCCGCUAUUGAUCUUCUCGUUCCUGGGGUUGGAGAGCUCUUUGGAGGAAGCCUCAGAGAGGAGCGGUACCAUUUCUUAGAGCAGCGACUGGCCAGAUCAGGAUUAACAGAAGCCUACCAAUGGUAUCUGGACCUCCGUCGAUUUGGAUCUGUUCCCCAUGGAGGUUUUGGGAUGGGAUUUGAACGCUAUCUGCAGUGCAUCUUGGGAAUUGACAAUAUCAAAGAUGUUAUCCCUUUUCCAAGAUUUACUCAUUCAUGUAUUUUAUAGCUGGAAGACUGGGUAAGGAAAAUCACCCCAUGCCAGAGGUACUGCAUGUGAAUAUGGAUACAGGAGACUGCAUGUUUGGCUUUUAGAAAUGGAGAGGUUUUGGGUGUGUAACUUUCAUGCCAUAAGAUAGCGCAUAUGAAAAACAGAAGUGAUUAUGAUUUUCUUAGAAAGUUGAGAGCAUUUUAUGAAAAAGAUGAACUCCCUCAAGAAGAGGAGCUUGUGGCAGGCAGAAUCUCCAAUCUAUUACACCAAUGAAGAAGAAAUGGGGAGGCUGCGCUGUGGUCUCAGAGGUCCUUUCAAACUCUCAAGACACGACGAGAUAAUGUAUUUUAAUUUGUCUUUAAUCAUUAGAUCACUGCCCCGUGUGACCUUUGAGAACCACUAGUAGCUAAAAAGAAGGUAUUGUUGGAUCUUUUUUCAUGUGCCAUUUAACCUAUGAUAAAUUCCCAUUUAUUUUCAUCACUUUACUAGAUAUCACAGAAGAAAAUAUUCUCUUGGGGGUCCUAAUUGAGUUAAUAAAGUUACUAUUCUGAAUUGAAA